CCUUAUAUAAAUGAAAACAAUCGUGAUUGACCUUUUUCACACAACAUUUUGCAGAAUAAGGUAUGUGGUUUAAUUUAGUUCAUAAAUAACGACUGACAUGGACAUAUGGAUAAUCGGGUAGCACUACGUGUCAACAGACGAGUUAAUAAGCAGACGACUAUUAUCACUACAGAGUAUUGAGUUGUUCAGUGAUAGACGAUAGACGAAGUAAACUGUUGUGUAAGGAUAUACAAGAUGCACUAAGGUCGACACAAACUUAUGAUAAAUGGUUAAUAUGAUAAGUAAUAAAUAGACAUCUGAUAAAUAUUUUGAAACUAUAAACUUAAAUAUAUUUAGGCCACCACGGCGCAAAUAAUAAUGUCAGUAAAUAUAUUGUGAAAUUAAUUGUUAUGUGGAUUAAAGGUGUUUCUUCAAUAAUAGACUGUUAAUUCGGAUUAUGAUCUAUCAAGCAAUAUCGGAUUUCAUUUGGGCGAAUCUAAGGUAAAAGGAGUUUCAUAAAUCCUACAGACAUUGAUAUGCGAAUCUAAACAAAUCCUAAAACGUGCCAACCUUAAGGGAAAAAUGUAAUUGAAAGCUUCAGACUUGUGAUAAUUUGAGAUAUAUACAAGUUCUAUAACGUAACACGCGAGAGAGAUACAUAUAUGAAAUAUAUUUUUAUUAAAACUUUAACUUGAAAGCAGUGAACAUGUGAAUCCUAACAAGUGCAAUCCUUAAGGAAAAUUUGUGAUUAAAAUCUUUAGACUGGUGAUAUUCUGAUUUAAUCUUUGACAGGAAUUACUUUUGUUAAUUUGAAAUAUUAACAAGUUCUAUAACGUAGCGCGUGAGAGAAAUGCAUAUAUGAAACAUAUUUUGGAUUAACCUUUAUAUUGGAAACAUUGAACAUGUAAAUCGAUGGGAAAAUCUUGAUUAUAACGCAUGGACAAUUGGUUUUGCGUAUAAAUGUUGGAAAUUGGAUGUACAUACUAACACAAUACUGAAGUGUAGACAACGAAAAUGCGAUUAUUUCAAGCGCAGAAUUUUUACGGUGACACGUCUGCCCCGCCUCCCCCACCACCGUUCUCUAUCGACAGGGAGGUGACGCGGGUGAUGCCCGUGUACCUUAAUCAGUAUCGAGACGGGCGGCGGCUGCCGACGCCUGAAAAAGUCGCCGUCUUAGAGCUCUCCAACAGCUUUGAGCGACGUCGGCUAGGUAAACACCAGCGGAUACUAAACGACAUAUCUGAGCGCUGCCGAGCGCAGGAAAUAGACGAUCUAAGUAAUAAACUUUCAGCAAAAGUGAAUCUUCAUCAAGCCGGAAAGCCUAAGGAGAUGACAUUGUAUAACACAACGUUUAUGGGCUCGCGGCUGAUGAGUAAGUCCCCACCGCACGGCAUACCGCCUUUUGAUACGGCUGAUAUCAUGAAUGAACCCGAGAUACCUUUUAAGCCAAAUAUAUUCGAAAAGAACUAUAAACAGUUUCCGGCACGCAGAGUCAUGCGACAGCAGACGAAAUUUGAGUUCCUUCGUCAACCGACGCAGUUUCCAAAAGUGAAACCGACCCAGUGGCCGAAGUCAUCGUCGUCCGACUCCAAAGUACAUAGCAUUCGCGCGACAUUGGCAAAACGCCAACAGAUCAACGGACCAAUCCAGCUUGACCACUAUAUCAGCCCGCGACCGGAUCUAGCGCCUUUGGUGUUGCCGUCGAUCGAACGUUUCCACGUGUCCGCUCCGCUUGAAAGCAUCGAGCGCAGUGACACGUGUUUCUCGACAAGCCGGAUGGUGCUCGGAAAACGGUCUCGGACGCAACUGACCAUGAACAGUUCACGGCAACCCGAGCAUCGACCGCAUGAACCGAUAAAUCUGGCCUCCUUUGGGCACGAGUAUUCACAAUUGCCGCUGACCAACGGUCAUUCUCCGCCCCCGAACUCUAUCCACGAAUUAGACCCACCUCCUACAUUGGACAGGUUAAACAACACAGAGUAAUUGAGCAAGUCUUGGUAUUGAGAAAGGGUUGUUGAUACUGAUUUACAUUUACUUUUCUGCAAUAAGAGCACGAAUCAACAUAAAUUGGGUCAUCAACACAAUUGUUUUAAUGACCUGCUGUCAUUGCAUUUUUCAUUCAAUUAUCAUGCUACUUUUCCAUCGAUUUGUCCGUUUGCAACGAUCACAAUCUUAUUAAAACCGCAAUGUAGUUUUUCAUAAUAUGUACACUAGUGUACUUGAUUCAGAAUUUUCAAGCAAAUAACUCAUUUAAAACGUUCAGACCUAAAAUGUUGACGUGACAUUUUUUUUUAUUAAUCAAAAAAGAAAUCCUGUAUAUUAUAUAAUAUACAUGUAGUAUAAAUACUUCCUUUAUUCAUAUCCCAAACGUGGAGAUGAAAAUUCAAACGCAAUUGCCUUCAUCCAUUUAUGCAUAUGUGUAUGCUAUGUUUUAACCUCCAUGCUUCACGUGUUUCAAAAGGCUCAAAUCAACCUUCAGAAACUCCAACUAAUUCGAUCGCUUUUUGUUACGAAUGCCGUAUAGUUUGAGACGCGUUCUGAGAAAACGUGGCUUAUUGCAUGUGCGUAAAGUGUCAUCCCAGAUUAACCUGUGCAGUCCGCACAGGCUAAUCAGGGACGACACUUUCCGCUUUUAUGACAUUUUUCGUUCAAAUGAAAUCACUUCUUAGCAAAAAUCCAAUUAAGGCGGCAAGUGUCGUCCCUGAUUAGCCUGUUUCUCAGAACGCGACUCAUUUUAUCAAUUGCAAUCAUGGUCAAUUUCUUUGCAAAGAAACUGUAUUCACUGAUGAUGAAUUGUUAACGUCAGAUGUUAUUUUAUAUGUUGAUGUCUAUUGCUCUUUUUUUUGUAAUGUAUGACAUCAUGUUUGAUUUAAUUUGUUAUUUUGGCUCUUAGUUUCAGAAGCAAAUUAAUUUAAAUACACACACGUUUUUUGUAUGUGCAUGGAAAUCCAAUUAGCUAAAUGUUUUUGUUACAUAAUAAACGUUUAUUGAUAAGUUAUUAUAUAUUUCAUUCUUCUGGUGUUACCAUAUAGAGUGAUGUUAUAAACGCACGGGCUUUGUUAUCUUACACACAUAAAAUGGUAUGAAAUUGCUUAUUUAAGAAAUAAAUAAAGAACAAACUGACAUUUCCGGACGAAACUUAAAUCGACUGGUUACGGUGGAUUAUGACACACAUGUUUCGUUGAACAAAGAUAUAUCAGAACUUAAUUCUAUAUAAAAGGGCUUUUAGAUUUGUUAAACACCCAAAUGCGUAUUAUUUGCACGAGUUAAAUAGCUAGUGUAUUUAAAAGAUUUAUUAUCAAAAGCUUUUGAUCUCAACGUCGCAUUGUGUAUCAACAUAAUUUUAAACACGACUAAACUCUCUAUACGUGUAUUAAAAGUUGUUUUAUUGAAAAGAGAAAUUAAGACGAAACUCGUAUCAUGUAUAAUAUAAUUGGUACAUUCGGAAAAUAAUACACAAGUAUCUACAUGUCAGUUAUCAUAUACAAACUUAUAAAAACUUAUUUGAUAAUGUCUGAUUAGCUAAAAAAAAAAAUAGGGAUUUAAUAUACAUAAAUAGCAACCAACUGAUAAAUUGUUGCAUAUACGUAUGGAAUAAUAUUGAAUAGUGUAGUAUAUUUUCGUCAAUUUGAUAUCGUUAUUAACAUUAUUUAAACUGACAGCAAUGUGCACGUUAUCGUCAUUCAAAGCUAAACAUUUUAAAUGGCAGGUGUUAAAACCCGGAGAUAAAAGCCCAUGCAUACCUAACACAAUAUGUAAAGCAUUUAAACUUUUUGAAUGAGGGUAUUAAAAGAUUUUUACCCCAUUGUGUGUGGCCAAGACAUUUAAAGCACGCCAAACAUAUUUAAUCUACGGAUUACCUCACUAUUUAAUAUCGGU